AGGUCGUGCAUCGCUAGCAGUUGAAAUCGUUCUCGACACACAGACACCUCAUUGACAUUGAGCAGGAGAAUUCAGAAAUAAAGUCAUGACCACCUCGUUCUCAGUCUGCAUUCUGUAGUUCUGGUUUCUUGAUUUAGACUUUGGAAAUUGUUGUAAGUAGUUCUAGUUCUCCUCGACCGAGGUGUAGGAGUAUUAGUAGUUCUUUUGAUCUUGAGCUUGCUCCCAGUUGCAUCCGUAUCCUCGGUGCCAAUAAAAAUGAUGGGUGAUCCUCUCGAUCCUGGUGCACUUGAGCAUCAGAUGCUCGACUUGCAUCCAACAAGGCAGUUUCUCCAGGAGUUUCGCGAAAGCUUGCGGUCACGCUUCGCGACGCCGGAGCACCUGCGACGCGAACAUGUCAACUACGUCCCUCUGGCGAAAAGGCUGCUGGAGACCUAUCCGUACGUGGGGCCCUACGUUUGCGGUGGAGACUACAUCUACCCGAAACUGGCUGAGGGAUUACAGAGAGACCAUCGGUCUUUUACCACGUCCAGCGUCGCGGAGUAUGAGAACUCGGUCUGGCAAAUUACUCGGGUCCUUUUGUUCCUUGACGUAUUUUCCGGGUUUGGCCACGGGCUCGGGACUUUUCUGCUAGGAUCCAUAAAGAUUCGCAGGCUCUACAAGUUCCUCACGACCGGGGAAAGUUUCCUUGAGGAGGGACCCGCCAGUGAUGCCCUAGCUUCUCUUCUUCAGACGAUAUUCCCGCACGGCUGCCCGGAAGCCAAUGGCUUCGCUCCGUUUCGCUACUGGCACGAGGACGAACCUACGUCAGUCUGCAUUGCGUCGACCGAGCAAACGCACACUCUGCACCACCACAGGCGUUGCCUUUCUCCAGGUACUUAGACCCACCACUCAGCUAGACACCUGCGACGCGUUUCCAAGUGUAGGCUGUCGCUGAAGAUCGAAAGCAUUAUUCUAGCAAGCAUGUCCUUGUUUACAUCUUCAAUACGCGUGGCAAGUUGCUAAUCCUCGACAUUUGCUGCAACGGCGCCACAAGCACAACUGACUCGUGCCCUUUAAAGUGAUACUUACAACAUACGAGGUCCUGCUCUCUCGAGCAUUUUAAGUAAGUAAAAUCAAGUGGGGAGACGAGAAGCAGGGACUCUUUUGCUUUUGGACUUGAUGGAAGGCGAAUGCUACCGAACCAGAAAUAUGAAUAGUCAGUUCUUGUAGUAGAUCCCACAACUUCAUCAAUACUCAGGGCACGUUCUUCUGGGGCUCCUAGGAUGUGAACGGUUUGAGCAAAGGAUUGUGCAGUACUUGGCCAACUACAGCGACAUAGUAGACCCGGACAUUGACAUGGACUUCUUUUUUCCCGAAAUUGAUUCCGAAUCCGAUGUGCCGAAAAUAUAUCCGCGCCUAGUUAACAUCGCCGCGCUCGCGCUCGAGCGAAGUGCUAUUGCUGCUGGAGUUGCAAGCGGAGAAUUUCAGUCAGAGGACUUCGGAUUGGUAGCAGCAGCCGAUCGGGCGCAAGCGCAAUCGUGGUUGCAAACAGGCAUCCUCUCCGCGGCAGAUAUAGAGAAGGCAAAGGAGCAAACCAAAUUCCUCAAGAUGAAGAAGGAUCUUGCAGUGAAUGGAGCAAGCGGGGCGUCGCAGCUGAAGGUUACCACUUAUGUCCGCGGAAAAACAGUCACAUCCCUGCGAGAUCUCACCGCUGAAGAGCAAGCUCUUGCUGCAAGAUUUUCCGACACGAAGAAAGCAACGCAGAACAAGAUGAAGGACUUCUUCCUGCCGGACCCUGCUAGGAAGCUCAUAUUCCGCUUCCUGGUUGAAGAUCCACGUGGGAUCGCUGAAGAAAUGCACGAGCGGUUCGGGCCCUACAACUAUCACACCGAAUACGAGAAUAUCCACAUCCCGCCAUGCACACUCGAGCCCGAUCACCGCGACUGGCUCACGUGCUCCGGUACCGAGUGGGUCAUCAAACAGAACUGUCACCCCUAUUUCGAGGACGAAGACGUGAUGUUACGCAAGACCGAUCCCCAGACCGGCCAGCCGCGGUUUACCAACGCGCGCCUUGGUCCAAACCUCUCGCUGUCUGACCACAGUCGCAAAGACGCCCGCAUAUUGCGCAGGGAAGAUGGCUACAUGCGAUAUGCUACAGGUAAUUCCUGGAAGUCGAUGCAGGAGAGCAACUACCUCCGGAAACUGUGCGGAAAGAAGUUCGACGUCGAAAGGGACGUGACAAUUGCGCGCUCAGCUCUUAUGUCGUAUUCGGAAAUCGUUUCUUAUGCGGGGCCGCUGUAUCAUUCUGGGAACAAGCCAGCCAGCUCCUGCAACCUGAUACUGCCCGACACGAUGAGGAUUGUGAUGCCCAUUGCGAAGAUGAUCGACACAAAGAAGGCGGCCCCGAAUUACCUGCAGCAAUUACUGGAUCCGGACUUUUACAAGCAGUCUAGUAGUACAGGAAAACGUCAGCAGGGGCAACAGGAGGACUCGUUCUUGCCAACGUACACGGGCGGCAAGCGGCCCGUCAAGGAGGAGUACUCCUACCCACAAAGACGAAACUGCAACGACUACAGGCGGUUCGUGAUGCAUGACCCGUCCGACUAUGCGGCCGCGAUCGAGUUUGAUUCGUACGAAUGCGCAGGGAACGACAUCACGUCGGCCGGAUACUCCUUGUGCCACUCGGACAGUGCCAUGUUGAUCGGACGGACGCCGAGUAGUAAACUGUUUCCACCAGUUUGGCCCACAACGCCCACCCUGUUUCUCGUCAUGCUCACCGAUCUCGCACUGGUAAGCGGACCUGCGUCUAAGGAGAUCAUGCUGCUCGCAAGCGGCGACGCAGCGUCAUCUAGCAAAGAAUCACGUGACCUUCUCGACGCAAAAAUCAGCAGCAUCGAGAUCAACCAAGACUUGUACAGCAAACAACAGGAAAAGGAGAGAGCAAGUACCUCGAAGAAGCGAAAACUCUCGAAAUUUGACAGCAGUGAUGAAGAUGAGGAGGAUCAUAUCAACGAACUCGAAGAAGAAGACGAUAGCGAAGUCGAACAGGAAGUGUUCGCCAGGGAUCCGGGCAGCAUCCUGUUUUGCCAGGACUCGUGCGCGCUCGCGAUCCUGGAGGUCCGAGCAAUGCUGCCGUUCGAGCGCCCCGUCGUGCACAUGCCAACAAACUUGCACCCGACGGCGAGAAAGCGUGUGAUGCAGGCGUUCCAAUCCUGCACGAUGUACAAGAAAUGGCGAGCGCGUUGGGGAUAUCCCGACGUGUUACCGGUGGACGCAGCGGAUGUGUACAAGAACGACCCAUCCGAAGAUGACAACGAGGAUGACGACAUGAGUGACGAAAGCGAACUGAAUGAUCACUCGUCCGAAGACAAUGACGACUGCGCUAGCGAGAACGACGAAGGCGGGGACAACUCGGAUGUGCAGGGCGUAGAGGACAAGGAAACCGGUGCAACCGGUAGCACCGGCUGCAUCACAGGAGAGGAGGGCCCGGAAAACGAUGAAUCCGCGCCACGUACUACAAAUGGAACUUCUUACCAGCCUGUCUCGAUGGAGCGCCUGCAAGCCCGAGUCGCACAGUUGGAGAAACUUUUGACGGAUAAUGGAAUUGCGAUUCCACCAGAACUACCAAAAUGAGCGUGACGGAGCUAGGAAUCUAAAUGUAGAUGAAUUUAGGAACCAAUGAAUACGAAGACGAACAGAAUCUUCAGUGAUGUGAAUGUAAUAAAUCCACUUUGUUUGUUUUGCCUCCGAUGUUUGUUGCUCGCAGAACUCUGUGUCUAUGCUGAAACCAGAGUGGAAUACUAGUACUUUGCCUUUAAUACCAGUAGUGCUUUUACAACUUUCUUUGCGAGCGCCUGUCCUCGUCUCUCGAUGGACGAGUGGUGCACUCUGAAUAGAAGGAAAAGACGACCCUGAUGAUGAGUAGCGUUCAAUUCGAAGAAACAAGAACGAACCGCACCUAUGCAAAUGAUAUCCGAAAAAGGUAGAAUGAUACGCACGACAAAUAAAGCGCUAGAUUAACCGCGAACAAAAUCACUUGGGUUUAUUCCUAUUUGUGUGUGCCGGUAGCACUAGUAGCUCGUCCAUUUCAUCUGCAUCGAGCUAAUCCCUUGCAGAUCAGACUGGUCGUCUUUGUAUGUUCUCUCGGUAGCACAGCUUGUCCUCCAUUUGUGGAUAUUCAUAUUUUGGUAAGCUAUUCUAUAUUCCUGCUGGUGUUUCGGUUUUAGGACGC